UCAUUUGUCCCAGUGCCCGCAUUCAUGAAGGACACCGUAGAAAUACUGCAUCGUCUGCCAGGGGACUGCACAGAGACCUGCCUGUGAGGACGGGAAGAAGGGCUGGAACGAGGAAAAUCUCGUUCCGGCCUCUUGUGCGGAUGCUGUCCUGUCAUAUUGUGGGAGGGCAGUGCUGCAAAACUGGGCAGCAUUUUGUAGACAGUUACUCAAGAUUUCUAAUAAGGAGUCAGGCUCCCUUCAGCCGCCGAGGGGAGCAGAUCACCUCAGCCUUCAGGUCUUGCUAUUUCGGAGGCUGCAGAAGAAGGGUUGAGAAAGCUCACCGGGUGCUGGCAAGAGUCCUGGUGCCAGCAUUUGCUUAACUCUUCUGAUUUGACUCCUGAAAUAGCAGCGCUUUGCUAGAUCAUCCCAUCUUUCUUCCCUCCUGAGGAAACUAUUUAUAUCAUCGAGACCUUCAAGUUUCUAAGUCAGCAUCAAAGCGGAUUAAAGAUUGCAACUGACUGCUGGGAAGGUAUAUCCAUCACUUAAGCGAGCGCGACGCGGGGAGUGAAGGGGGACGGCAUCAGACAGCCGCUGCAGCGCUCGCAGCAGGGGUCCGAGGCCUCCCCGCAUCCCUUCGCGCCGAUGGGGAACAACAGCACCUCCACCGUGGAUGACCUGCAAGCGGUCGAGAUCCACCACUGGUACAAGAAGUUCAUGACCGAGUGUCCGUCGGGGCAGCUGACUGAGCACGAAUUCAAGCAGUUCUUUGGGCUGCGGGGGCUGGAUCCGGAGGCCAACGAGUACAUCGAACAGAUGUUCCGCACGUUUGAUAUGAAUAAGGAUGGAUAUAUCGAUUUCAUGGAAUACGUGGCUGCGCUCAGCCUCGUUCUUCGGGGGAAGAUGGAGCAAAAGCUGCGCUGGUAUUUCAAGCUCUAUGAUGUGGACGGCAAUGGCUGCAUCGACCGGCACGAGCUGCUCAACAUCAUUAAGGCUAUCCGAGCAAUCAACGGCUGUGACCAUGAGACGAGCGCGGAGGAGUUCACCAACCGCGUCUUCGACAAGAUUGAUGUCAACGGCGAUGGGGAGCUGUCGCUGGAUGAGUUUGUGGAAGGAGCCCGAAAGGACGAGGAGUUCAUGGAGGUGAUGAUGAAGAGCUUGGACCUGACCCACAUCGUGUCUAUGAUCAACAACCGUCGGCACAGCAUCUAGACUCGGCUGGGGCAGCGUGGUGUGAGCGAGAGGCCGAGCUGUGUGGGCCCCAGGCAGGGCACGGGUGUGAGGAUGUCAGCCAUGGAGCGGGGAGCUGCAGGUGGAGGGAUGUGGUGGUGUGAGUGUGCCCGUGUGUGCGUGCACAGCCCGAGAAGCUCAGACACGCACAAUCAGGUCUGAGUCCUGCUCAGGGCUGCUGGAUGGACCGGCUAGGGCCAGGGGCCAGGGACCAGGGGUCAGGCUGGCCCAAAGGGCUCUACCAUGCCAGCUUGAGGUGUGCAAAGUGGGGCGGAGUGCUUGUGCAGGGAGUUGGAAACAGGGUGAUGGAGGAAGGCAAGUCUGCACCUCACCAGGCUGUGUUUCUACCAUUCAGCCCAGGGCCACAAGUAGUUCAUCCCACCCCGGGUGAGGUGGGCCUGGGUCUGCAGGGCUGGCCCCAGUCUGGAGUGGCCCUGCACACACCAUCAAGCAACUGGGCAGGAACCCAACCCCCCAGGCACACCUGGUGCGCUACCCACCGCUCCCACACAGCCCUGCUGAGGAGCAUCCCCCAUGCGGAGACAACAGGGUGAGGAGUGGUGUCCGCAAGAGUGGCACAGGACUCUGCCCAGUCUCCAAAGCCCUCGUCAUGCCCCCAGCACCAGCGUGCCGUGCCCCAGGCCCCGUUCCCCUCUACCGUGAUGCCACCGGAGUUGAUAGCACUGGCACAGACUGGCAGAGAGGAGAGCCGGGUGCCCAUUUCAUCAGGGAAGGGGAGAUCCCACGGAUGGCAGCCCCAGGGGCUGUGCCCCUUGCUCGGCCUUGAUUAGCGGAAGAGGUGGAAAGUCACUGCCCCUGCCCCUGCCCCUGCCCCAAGUGGCCCCGUGCCCACACAGCGUAAAUGGGAGAUUUUAGACACUUGCCUUUCUUCAGCCUGGUGCCACUCUCCAGAGGAGGAGGAGAUCCUGCUGGAUCCAGCACCAGGGAGAUUCCCUCAGGCCCCAUCUCAAGCGGAUCUGCAAAGAGCCCCAGGAAAUGUCCAGGAAAGGGAUGCUUUGCACAAAUGAGGCAAUGAAUGAAAUACAGUUUUCAGGAGCUGCCGGAAGAUGCAGCUGGAGCUUUUCUGUUGGAGAAGGUUGCUGUUUGCAGGCUCCAGGCCACGUCCAUCCGGGGGGUGGUGGAGCCUGCCAUGUAUGUGCCUUUAUCAGGAAAAAAAAAAAAUUUCCCUUGGGGAGGGGAUUUGUAACAGGCUGUGAUUUUUCUGUACUAUUUGGCUUUCUUCGUACAGUUACAA